UCCAACACCCGUGUGGUCCAGAUGGGAAAGGAGGGAGAAUGAGAUGGAUGGGGCCAACCAGACGGCCGUGAAAGAGUAUGUCCUGCUGGGGCUACACGAGCACCACAACCUAGAGAUGGUGCUGUUUGUACUCUGCCUGGGCAUCUACUCCGUGAUAGUGCUGGGGAACGCCCUCCUCAUCGGGCUGAACAUGCUGGACCCCCGCCUGCACAGCCCCGUGUACUUCUUCCUCAGCAACCUCUCUCUCAUGGAUAUCUGUGGCACAUCCUCCUUUGUGCUUCUCAUGCUGGUCAAUUCCCUGGAAACCCAAAGCACCAUCUCCUUCCCUGGCUGCACCCUGCAGAUGUUCCGGACCCUGGCACUGGGCUCCACGGAGUGCCCGAUCCUGGCCGUGAUGGCGUGUGACCGUCACAUGGCCAUCUGCCAGCCGCUUCAGUACUCAGAGCUCAUGAGCAGGCAGACGUGCGUGUGGAUGGCGGCACUGAGCUGGGGGACAGGCUUUGCCAACUCCCUGCUGCAAUCCACCCUCACCUGGAGCCUCCCCUUCUGUGGCCACAAUGUCAUCAACCACUUCUGUGAGAUCUUGGCAGUGCUGAAACUAGCCUGUGGGGACAUCUCUCUAAACGCGCUGCUAACAAUGGUGGCCACUACUGUCGUGACGCUGGCCCCGUUACGGCUCAUCUGCCUGUCCUACGUUUUCAUCCUUGCUGCCAUCCUGAGGGUGCCCUCUGCUGCCGGCUGGAAGAAAGCCUUCUCUACCUGCUCUGCCCACCUCACAGUGGUGGUGGUUUUCUAUGGGACCACCUCCUUCAUGUACUUCAAGCCCAAGGCCAAGGACCCCAACUUGGCUAAGAUUAUCGCAUUGUUCUAUGGGGUUGUGACACCCUCGCUGAACCCCAUCAUCUACAGCCUGAGGAACACAGAGGUGAAAGCUGCCGCCAUAGCUCUGCUGAGGGGAGACCUGCUCUCCAGGGAAAUGUCCCGUUUUCCCUGUUGCUCUCUAUCAGGCAGGACAGGCUAGGGUACACUCUGGUCAUGAUUUCAAAAUUUCAGUGGCUUAAAACCACAAAGGUUUUUUCUCACUUACGCUGCAGGUCCAUCAGAGGUUGGCUGGGGGAUGUGCUCUGCACCAUCGCCUUCAUCCCUCUGGGACUCAGGAUGAUAAAGUAGCCACCAUCUGGCACAUUGCUGGUCCAAGUGGCAAAAGGCAAAGAGAAAAUGACAAAGCCUGCGCUGAUUCUUAAAGCUUCUGCUCAGAAGUGACCUGUUACUUCCACUUCCACCUCACUGGCCAAGGCAAGGCGCACACCAGGGCUGACACCGAGGGGGAGGGAACACCCACCUACCACGCAUCUGGA